AUGGGGUUUCUCGGGGUGUAUCGGGCGCUCUACGACUACCAGCCACAAUCUGAGGGUGAGCUUACCAUUACUGAGGGAGAUUUGCUUUACAUUGUUGAAAAGAACGACGACGAUGGCUGGUGGAAAGCCAAAAGGAAAGCUGGCGCCGACGAUGAGGAUGAGCCCACAGGACUCGUACCUCACAACUAUGUCGAGACUGCCCCCGCGCUGAGCCAAGCCCACGCCAUUUACGAGUACACUCGACAAACUGAUGAAGAGCUGUCUUUCCACGAAAAUGCUGUUCUCGACGUAUUCGACACAUCUGACCCAGACUGGAUUCUUGUCGGAUUGGACGAUGAAUUUGGGUUCGUUCCAGCGAACUACAUAGACAUGGAUUCGGGAGUCGCGGCCGAUCAUGAGAACUCCCAAACGUCGGCCCCGGCACUACCGGCAAGGCCUCGCUCCUUCGCAACGGAGCCGGAUGUUGUAGAGGAUAGUGCCGUAUCGACCCCCAGUCCUGCAGGUCCGGCUUCUGCGUUGGCCGGAGUCCUGCAGGGACGAGCGGCUGCGGUGAAGCCUGCUACCCCGCCUGCCCAGCCUAUGUCUGAGCGUUCAGCGCCGUCCGACGAAGAAUCCAUCAAGUCACCAGCCUUGCCUUCCCGGCCAAGGCCCACGCAGUCCAUGCACGCUCGAAGCAACUCAGACGACUACGGCAUGCCCGAUUCCAACGAACGAUCUGAUCCCUCCGAACCUCACAGAACACCUGGUGGGUUUCACAUGUAUAAUAUCAGUGAGAUGGUAUCUGUGAUGGGCAAAAGGAAGAAGAUGCCAACCACAUUGGGCAUCAAUCUUGGGACCGGCAUGCUCCUUAUUGCCCCAGAGCGAGCACAGGAUGCCCCUCCACAGGAGUGGAGUGCCGAUAAAAUGACGCACUACUCUCGCGAAGGAAAGCAUGUCUUCAUGGAAUUAGUCCGUCCCAGCAAGAGUAUCGACUUCCACGCUGGUGCCAAGGAUACAGCAGAAGAAAUCGUACUGGCGCUGGGUGAAAUGGCGGGUGCUGUACGAGCCGAGGGUCUGAAGGAAGUCAUAUUGGCUGGAACGCAGCGCUAUCAACGAAAAGGGAAGGUCCUGUAUGAUUUUAUGGCCCAAGGCCAGGAUGAGGUUACUGUCGCAGCUGGUGAUGAAGUCAUUAUUUUGGACGACUCCAGAAGCGAAGAGUGGUGGCAGUUGCGUCGACUUAAAAACGGCAAGGAGGGGGUCGUUCCCAGCAGCUACAUUGAAAUCAUCGGCGCCGUCACCCCCCCCCUUAUUGAGGCUGGCGGUCGCAGUGGCAUGUCCUCCGUCGAGCAGAAUCGUAUGGAAGAGAUGAGGCUCACCAAAGAGGCUCUGAAGGCCAGUAAAGAGCCUCAGCAGCGUAGCCGUCGCGAGAAUGGCCGUGGCGAAAACGGCAACUCUUCUAAGAGCAAAUCAAAACCCGAUGCGAGCAAAGUUCGCACUUGGACAGAUCGUUCCAAGUCGUUCAGUGUGGAGGCGCAGUUUCUCGGACUUCGAGACGGCAAAAUUCAUUUGCAUAAAAUGAAUGGAGUCAAGAUUGCUGUUCCAAUAACGAAAAUGUCGCGGGAAGAUUUGGAAUACGUCGAAAACCUUACAGGCAUUUCGCUGGAGGACGAAAAACCCCUCGCCGAUGUGCGGCGCUCGAAAUCGACGAACCGGCCAAGUGAACCACCUGGCGCCAAAGUCGAAAGGCACAAGAAGCCUGAAUACGACUGGUUUCAGUUCUUCCUCUCUUGUGACGUUCCCGUUGGAUUGUGCGAACGCUAUGCUCAGGCAUUUCUCCGAGACUCUAUGGAUGAAAGCGUCCUUCCUGACAUCAACGCCGUUGUUCUACGGACACUUGGUGUUCGAGAAGGCGACAUCAUCAAGAUUAUGCGAGCUCUGGAUACGAAAUUUGGACGAGAACGGAACGCUGAGGGUGACAGCAGCAGCGGAGGACUAUUUUCAGGGCCCGGAGGCACGCUUCGCAACAACACUCGCAAGGGCCGCCCGGCGCCCGCUGUCCAGACGAGUGAUGUUGUAGACGCGGCAGCUCUCUCAAAGGACUCGGAGGUUAAGUCUGAGAGCAGUCCCAUUCGUGGGCAAUCUAAGCCCUCGUCGGGUGGCUUCGACGACGAUGCCUGGGAGGUAAAGCCUAGCAAGCAGCCUCAUCCUGAGAAGAUUGCGAAGCCUGCUGAGCCUGCACCCACCCCGGCACCGGUCAUGCCGACACUAACGGAUUCCAUGAAAGACUUGUCCAUGCUCAGCACACCUCUAGAGCCGGCCAAAGCUGAGCCUGUAAAACAGUCGGAGUCUACUGUGAACCCAUCAGUCCCCGCGUCAACGGUAUCACAAGCUCCGCCGCUGCCAGGAGCCAGUCCUUCAUUCUUUUCUGCCGUACCAGGUUCGCAAACAGGCGGUCCUUCAUCACCGAAAUCCCUUGCGCGACAACGGCCGACACCAACCAUACCCGCUGGACAGGGGUCUCUCCCACCUCCCCCGGCGCAGCGUCCCAUAUCCGCACCUCAACAGCACAGUGCUUUUGCAACGCCAGCAUUGUCAAUGCAGAUGACCGGUCUCGUUCAGGGACAACCUGCUCCGCCAGGCCAAAGUCUUAACGACAUGACUCAAGCGCGACUUCAACAGCAGUAUACAUCUCAGAUGCAGCAGCUUCAGGCCCUGCAACCGACCAUGACGGGAUAUGGCAGUGUGCAAAAUCAGCCUUCUGUGCUACCGUAUCAACAACCAGGCGCGCAAUAUAUGCAGCCGAUGUACACAGGGGCUCCAACACCGAGCCCGUUUCAAGAUCCGGGCGCUCCUAACCAGUUUUCGCCGCUUCAAGCACAGCAUACGGCCUACCCUCCUCACUUCCAGUCCCCAUUCGGCCAGGCCAGCCAGGGCAAUGUGAACAACUACCUACCCCUCGCCCUUGAACCUCAACGAACUGGAAUGGCUCUCAUGCCGCAGCCGCAGGCUACUGGUUUCAACUCUUUUGAUCCUAAACCUUCGCAAGCUCUCCAACCUCAAAAGACAGGGCCACCACCACCAGUACGUUUUGGUGUUACUGAUGCCAAGAAACUGACCGCCCAGCCGACAGGGCGUCGAGCAAACUUGUCGCAAGCUACGCCCCAAAACCCAUUUGGCUUCUAA